UCUAGCCUCGCUGCUUCGCUUCUCAAACAUCCCCCUUCGGCGCCAUAUCCAACCUUCCCCCGUUGCUGCUGCCGGCCGCCGCGUACUGUCAAUUUCGCGGCCGUCGCUGGCCUCGCUGUCAAAACAAGAACCUUUCCGCGGCUUAAACGCCAGAGGUUCAGAAUGUCGAACAAUACGACCGGCGGGGAGGACGACCUCCCAACGCCCACGGACACGUCGCCAAGUCCUACCGAUACCACAGAUGAACCUCAAAAUCCUCAAGGCCCUACAAGUACUCCGACGGACUCUCCGGAUGACCCUACGCCAACUCCACCAACGACAUCGACAACGACAACGACAACAACACGACCUACGACGUCCUCCCCACCGGCAACUACCACCGACCGUCCCCAGCCGACGUCCACCUCUUCGAGCGAUGAAGGCGAACCACCAGCCGAGACCACCAGCAGUAGCAGCGAUAACCCAAUCCCGACAAGCUCUUCGGUCCCGAAUAAUCCAGGACCAUCAACGAGUACACAAACACGAUAUACGACAGUCACUACGGGCCUGCCCCCGACAAGCCAAACCAGCUCGUCGUCGACACCGUCGCCCACGUCAACUUCCGGCUCCGCCAUUGAACCCAGUGAUACGCCAAGCUCGGGGCUGAGCAACAGCGCGACGAUCGCGGUUGCCGUCGUCGUUCCUGUCGUCGCCGUGGCUCUCCUGUCUCUGCUGGGCAUUUUCCUGUGGCGAAAGAGGAAGCAGCGCAGGGAUGCCGAGGAGCAGAGACGUAAGGAGGUCGAGGACUAUGGAUACAACCCCAAUGCCGACCCCACGAUCCCCGCGGUUGCAGGCUCCGCCUACGAGAUGAGGGAGGACGACUCGGCUGGCUACCGCGGGUGGGGCAGCACGGCCGCGGCCGGUUCGACUGGGAGGAAAGCGUCGACGACCAUGUCGGGCGGCGCCGGCGCUUCCUACUCUGGCGCUACUUCGCCGACGAGAGCCGACGCACGGUCUGGCGAGCCGCUCAUGGGUGAUGCCCCGCCCUCCCCGGAGGGGGAGAUCCUCGGGGCCAUGGGACCGUCGGCUGCAAAUAACCGCUCUGACGUGCGCCGCGGCCCCUCGAACGCCUCGUCAUCGUACAGCGCUGCCGGCCAAUCAGACGGCUCCGGUGAGGGUCCGAUCGGUGUCGCCUACGGCGGCAGCAACCCGUACUAUGACCAGUAUGGCGCGGGCAACCCGUACGUGGACAACGGUUACGGCGGACAGCCUGUCGAGGCAGGCGGGUCGCCGGUCAUCCGGGAUGUGCCGGCUAGGAGAAACACGCGGAUCGAGAGCUCUUCUCAUUAUCCGCAGCCGACUGCCGGCAUCGCCCAAAACUUCUAAUACCCUACUACCGUUGGAAACAAUUUCAAACUUUUUUUUUUUGCGAUACGCUUUGAUUAGACGAUACCUCUGCGACAUCGGCCUGCACUGCUAUUUCCUUGCUUCUUCAUACAAAGCUUCUUCGCCACCAAUAUGGGCCAUUCAGUCAUUUGUGUCUUAUUCUCCUUUGCUCUCCCCGGCAUUCAUG